AUGAUUGUAAACGGACGAGACUAUGAGUUGCUUAGAAGGCUAAAAGCUUUGACAGACGAUGUAGCUUUAAAAACACCGGAUUUAUUAGCGUUAGCUAGGAAGACGGCUAAGGAAAGGAUCAGUCAGUGUCAUGAAGCAAACGCUAAAGUUUAUAACUUGCGUAGUCGUGCGGUCAAGCUAAAAGAAGGAGACACCGUUUAUGCCCGUAGUUUCGCGCAAAGCAAUGCGGCAAAGAAGUUCAGCAGUAAGCUUGCACCAGUAUUUGUCAAAGCAAAGAUUAAGAAGAAGAUAAGUCCGAUUUACUAUGAAUUAGUUAGCGACACGGAGAAACAACUAGGAGUGUACCAUUUGAAGGACAUCAAAACAUAA